AUGACAAUCCAUAACCCAUCCCCCUCGCACAAUCUCUACAAUGCUCCCACGCAGCCCGCAUACGCAGUUCAGAGUGGCAAUCGCACGAUCCCGAUUCCGUUGGGUCAAGGUCAAGGUGUGCUUCAUGGAUCUGCAGGUAUAGGAGGUACGGGAGGAACACGAUUGGGAAGUGCGCAGAAUGCUAAUGCUAGUGGAGGGGCUGUGGCGAGUUCGGGAGGUAGGACGGGACAUGGUGGGAGUGCGAGAGCGGCUUCGGGACAGAGUGCUGUGAGGGGGGUAAUUCAGGGUCGGAAUCAGACUCAUGGAAGUGGAAGUCGGAAUGGGAGUGGAAAUGGAGGUGGACCUUCUCAGCAUGUGAAUGCAUCUGGAAUGCAAGCUCAGGCUCAAGUUCAACAUCCACAUAUUCCAAGCAACCAUAUGACUGCUCAAGCUCAGGCUCAGCAUCAACAAACUCCUGUCAAUUAUGUUCAUCCCUUUCUUCAUCCGCAAGCUCAUCAUCCUCAAGCCCAUCAUCCACCCCCCCAUAACCCAAUGAACCACAUUCAACCUCUUGUCGGCGGUGUAUUCGGUCCACACGCUCCCCACAUUCCUCACACAGGACAUACAUCCCACUACAUCCCUCUCUUAUCUCGACUCGGACCCUACGUCCCUCGCACAAGAGGUGCACGAAUUCCUACGUCAAAUCUCCGCGGUCAUAGACCAGCUUAUGGACCGCCAAUGCAACUACCAGGUCUACCUGUUCCAUUUGGGUUUUCUGCGAUUGGAAAUGUGAAUGCAGGAGGAAUGGGAUUGGACAUGGGGGUAUGGUUGUGA